GGACCACAGCGUAAGAACAUGAUACAUUAAAUCCCCUCCACCGUCCGGUCCUGACUGUUGGCCUGGAAAUAGGCGCACAUUGAUGAUCCGACGGCCUCCCCAAUCAAGUCUUUCAGAAGUCCAGACGCCAAACGACACUCCAUCAACAGCUCCGUUUGAGCGCGUGUCCGUCCAGACUCCAGACCUGCCAAGAGGGCUUGCGGCUGACUCCAGCCCGCCCGCUUUCCCAGACCAGACCCUCGAACACAGCAUAUCCCCAACGAAACGAGGUUUGUAUUCGUACAAAGUACCCGCCAUCGUUUGGACAUUGCUUGCUGCUUGGGUGACCAUCCGUGACGGGGACCAGAUGCAGAUGCGCAGGGACGGCAAAUUACGGCCACUGCCGAGCUAUAAAAAAAAAAAUUUGCUGACGGACACGGCCUUCAUUUCAACAAAGAGCCUUGGGCCGUCCGAGUCGGCCACUAUUGGCUCCGUGGGGUUCCAGCGCGGCGCUACCAUCGCGAUCCCAUUUAACUACUUGGCCAUUCUCGCCUGAAGCGUACCUAGCUUGCAAAUUAGGUGAUGAAUGAUUGCGCCCCAACAUAUCUGUACCUGACAUUGAGCAAGCCAUGACAGACGACCCGAGCUGGCUGACGGGCGACAGCGGACAGUCCG